CCAAAUACGAUAGACGAGAGACGAGAGACAAUGACGAAUCUACCCCGUCGCAGUUCAACGAAUUGCUGGGAAUGCCUAGAAAUGUAAAAAUCGCAUCCGGCCUGGCAAAAGCCAACAUUCCACUCCUCCGCUUUCCUCCUGCUAUCGCUCAACACAGUGGCGCUCGCUCAAUUCUCCGGCUCCGGAGCAAAAACCUCGAGCCAGCUAAUUGCCGCCGUUCCAGCUGCGUCGCGUUCUUUCAUUCCAUAACCCCAAUUCUCUCCGGAGAUUCGUCGAUUCUACAGCCUCUCUCUGGCUCGCCAAAGGGUAGUUCUGCAAUGGCGUCUGUAUCUAGCCAGCCACAGUUCCGUCUCACUCAACCGCCUUCGAAGGUGCUGCACUUAAGAAACUUGCCAUGGGAAUGCACGGAGGAAGAGUUGAUCGAGCUGGGGAAACCCUUUGGUAAAGUUGUAAACACUAAGUGCAAUGUGGGUGCAAACAAGAAUCAGGCUUUCAUUGAAUUUGUGGAUCUGAAUCAAGCCAUUGCUAUGAUAUCAUACUAUGCUUCAUCCUCAGAGCCGGCUCAAGUGAGAGGGAAGACUGUCUAUCUGCAGUAUUCUAACAGGCAAGAAAUCGUGAACAACAAGACAACAGCUGAUGUUGCGGGAAAUGUAUUGCUUGUGACCAUUGAAGGUGCCGAUGCUCGCCUUGUCAGCAUUGAUGUCUUGCACCUGGUAAGAAAAAUAAAUGGUCUGGUGUUUUUUUUACAGGAAGUAAGCAUGUUCGAGAAGCAGUUUAGCGAUUCGUUUGUUAGGAUGCAGAUAGUUUCAGAAAGCUUUUUGUUUGACAUAAGUGUAUUUUCUGCUUUUGGUUUCGUGCAUAAGAUUACAACUUUUGAAAAGACGGCUGGGUUCCAGGCGCUCAUUCAAUUUUCUGACACUGAGACUGCUACAUCUGCAAAAAAUGCUCUUGAUGGAAGAAAUAUUCCUAGCUAUCUGCUCCAUGACCAAAUCGGACCAUGUACACUUAGGAUCACGUACUCUGCUCAUACGGAUCUGAGUGUAAAAUUUCAGAGCCAUAGAAGCAGGGACUACACUAAUCUAAGCCUUCCUGUUGCACCAUCAGCUAUUGAUGGAAGUGGUCUGUUCACUGUUGGUCAGGAUGGGAAAAAGCUAGAGCCUGAAAGUAAUGUCCUCCUUGCAUCAAUAGAGAACAUGCAGUAUGCUGUCACAUUGGAUGUUCUCCACAUGGUUUUCUCUUCUUUUGGACCUGUUCAGAAGAUUGCUAUGUUUGACAAAAACGGUGGACUUCAGGCUUUGAUUCAGUACCCUGAUGUCCAGACUGCUAUGGUAGCCAAAGAAGCAUUAGAAGGACACUGCAUUUACGACGGAGGCUUUUGCAAACUUCAUCUCUCAUACUCCCGCCAUAAUGAUCUCAGCAUAAAGGUCAAUAAUGAUAGAAGUAGGGACUACACAAUCCCCAAUACUCCAAUGAUGAACCCUCAGCCUUCAAUCCUAGGACAGCAGCCAAUGGGCGGAGGUCCCGUUCAGCCAUACAGUGGAGGUCAGUAUCCUCCAACGGCCGAGCAUCAAAUGAUGCCGCCUCAAGCUUCAGCCGGAUGGGGUGCCGGUGUUCCUCCAGGUCCUCCUCAUUCAAUGCCGCAGCAGAUGAAUAGUAAUGCAUACACGCCACCGGGUGGGGGCAAUAAUUAUGCGUACAUGUCACCAGGCGGGGGCAAUAAUAAUGCGUACAUGCCACCGGGUGGGGGCAAUAGUAACGCGUACAUGCCACCAGGUGGUAUGCCCCCUCACGGAGGGCAUGGAAUGAUGCAUAUGCCAGCCCACGGUGGCAUGCCGCCACAAUCUUCUUCAAUGCCCCAUCAUUAUAGGCCUGCUCAAUAGCAUCUCCCCUUUUCUCGUGGAAUGAGGAGAAGGGCAGAGACUUGGAUCACCAGUUCAGAACCAAUGUUGCAGCAAUCUCUUUCCUUUUCAGAUUGCAGCAGAGGGUGCUGGCUGACCGACAAGUGUUCUGAACUACAAAGGUUUUUAUUGUUGGCUGUAGAAUUGAAACGUUUCGAGGUUGUGUUUUGUUGGAUGAUAAUGCAGAUAUGUGGUAAUGUGGUUGAAAUUUUAUGUUUUUCAUCGAAGUUGGAUAUUUGCAUGAUCCAUCUACUGUUGAGUUUGCUACUAUAUCUUUUCUUUGCUAGAAAGUUUGCUGUUAUUUCUGGUGUUGAGAAACAGGAGAACUUGAAGGUAAGCAGGUGGCCAAAAGAGGCUACUUAUGGCUCUUCAUGUCCCGGCUUUUUUGGUCUAUAAAUAUGCAGAAAUAUCAGAUUUGCAUAUGGGAUAGUUGAGUGUAAUGUCUGGAAAGGGAUGGCAUUGGACAGGUACUUGGUUCAUGUAAUUUCAUAUAGUAUAAUGGGUGCUUGGUUUAUGCAUAGACUUGCAGUUCUUUCUUGGAGUUGAAGCUGAAUCAUAGUGUACACAAUGAUGGCUGUAACCAUGGACUUCAUUGUUCAUUGAAGCUUUCGUUAGGGUUUUGGUAUCAGAGGAAGAGUGCAAGUGGCCUACUUAGAGUCCAAUGGAACAUUUGCUCAUCUUCAUAAGCUUUGUUUAAAGCCUCUUUCAACCUUUUGUGGA